AUGGCGGCUCAAACACCUGAACAACAGCAACAACAACAACAGCGUGCCAAGGCUCUGGGCAGCCUCCUACAAGCCAUGGGUGCUGUACCCGGAAACCGCAUGGAUCGCUGGGUCCAGGCCAUCUACUUCGCCGAACUCUACCCCGUCGCCACCGCCACAUCGCUGAAAUUUUCGGCCUUGAACGCGAACCGGUCCGUCGAGAACAUCUUCGAUUACGCCCUUGAAGUGACUCUGUCUCACCAGAGCGCCUUGCGAGCGACUCAUGCCGACAAGAUCGAUCUCGUGGCCUGCGUCACGAGGCUGCUAUCGCCCAUCUCUCCUAUCUGCUUUGAGCCUGGAGUUCCUCUGCCGGACCAUCUUGCGGCUUAUCAACCACAGAUCUUAGGCGUACAACAUUCAUCAAUCCUGCGUAAUGGGGCGGCUCACCAUCGCGUUACGGUUGGGUUCGUCACCGGCGAGGCACGUGACGCGGCGCUCACGACGCCCCCCGCUCUCACUUGGCGAUUGGCGAAGGCCCGCUUCGCGAAGUCUCACAGGUUCCACCAUAACAUGGUCGAGCUUCGAAUCAACGUCGGUGUUCAAGGAGUGCCCUCCAUGGAUGCCAUCAUCAAAUCGUUCCAAUCACUUGUGCAAGACCUGUCAGCCAAGGGACAUUCAUGCCAACUUGUGCAGGUUCUGCGCGUUAUCAGCGUGGACAACGCCUCGGCCUUCGCCCACGUUGCCGGAGACUACUCGGCUUUCCUACACUUCGAUGACGACUCCCUAUUCCAACGCCCCAACACGACCUUGAAGGAGAUUCUACCUUCGAGGAUCGACCUUCCCACUCGAGGCAUCCCGGUUACCGCCCUUCGCCAUGACUAUGAGAAGGAGGCGGCUUGCGGUAGGUGCCACUUUGUGGGUCACGUGGGAACCUGCGGACUGGAUCAGGAGAGGAAGCGGAAGGAGGCUCACAACGGCAUCAUCAACAGCAACAAAAACACCAUCACCCACAACACCAACAUCGCGGAGGCCGAGGCCCCCUGA